AAUCUAAUCAUUGCCUUUAAACAAAAAUUGAGAAGUCAUUCUGAUUAUUAUUUUGGACCAAAUACCGUAUUGUAUGGACAGAAGAAGGCGACCGGCUGCCGGGUGUGUCGGCCGACGGCCAUAGAGGAGGCGGAGGAAGCGUCGGCGCAGUUACGGAAGAAAGAGAUAGGGUUUUACAUUACACUGAACUUCACCGGACCACCAUCCCUCGUAACCUCUCCUUUCUCCUCCUCGAACUGAUUGGAUGUCAAUUUGGCUAAAACGGUGGUAGCAGGCUUUAAUUGCAGUGUGGCUGUGGCAUAGGUGAAUUAGCUUCCUUCUCCAGUUGUACUUUUUGAACUUCACCUUGAUCUUCCUCUCAAUGGAAACCCAAAGGAACUCUGAAGAAUGUCUAAAGAAGAAGACACCAAAGCUACCAGAAGGACAACCCGGUCCUCUUCAGCUGCUGUUCUAAGGGAUUCUGGUGAAAUAAAGAAGAAAUGUGAUCCACAUAUUCCAAGUUUUAAUGAUCUCGUUUUCGGAGAAGAUACCAUUAGUAAGGAAGAUCUCCUAUCUAAUUUUCCUGGACGUCAUACUCAAAUUCUUGAACUCCUUAACCUUUUAGGUCCCCUGAAUUCUCCCAUGCUUCCCCUCUUUGUCUAUGGUGGCACGUCAACGGGGAAAACCAGUGUCAUUCUACAAAUAUUUCGUCAUCUCAAUCGUCCUUUUGUCUACUCGAGCUGUCGUACUUGUUAUAGUUUGCGAACUCUAUUUGAGUCUAUCUUGAAUCAGUUAUUACUUCAUCAAAAAGAUGCAGACAAUGGAUAUUUGAGUGCAAAACGCUGUGAAAAAACAUCAGAUUUUGUUAACUUUCUACGUGAAGCCUUAGUUAAAGUUGUAAAAACUCUCCAGGGGAACCCAGGAAAGAUAGGCACCAAGAAGUUGACUGGACAAGGGCAUGGACAUAUGAUCUACCUGAUUGUUGACAACUUGGAACUUGUUAGAGACUGGGACAAGAGUUCAAGCAUAUUGCCCUUUCUGUUUAAUCUCCACGAAGUUUUAAACAUGAAUGAGGUUGGAUUUCUCUUCAUCAGUAAUACUUCUCCUGAUACAUACUAUUCAAAUAUGGGUUACUUGGAUCCCAUUCCUGUGUAUUUCUCUGAGUACACAGAAGAUGAUCUUCGUAAAAUUUUUAUAAGGAAUCAAACCAAUCAAGAGAUGUAUUCUUCCUUUUUAAGUGUUGUAUUGGGGCCAUUCUAUAGAAUUACUAGACAUGUGAAUGAGCUAUCCAUAGCGUUUUCAUCAUUGUAUAAAAUAUAUUGUGAAGCUUCAGAUGAUCUGAAUGACGUUCCCAACGAGUCCAGCAAGAGGGCACGUUUCAGUCGUUUUCAGCCACAUAUCUCCCCUGCCUUGAAUCAGAUAUUUAAAAUUUCAUCUCCACCUUCUGAGGUUAAUACUUUGAAGGAAGCAAAGAGAAAAGCUGGUAGUAAGAAGUUUGGUGGGUGUGACUCUUCAGAGCACUUGGAUUUUCACAUGUCUACUUCCGCAAAAUAUCUUCUUCUUUCAGCAUUCCUUGCUUCAAGAAACCCAGCUACACUUGAUGCAUCACUGUUUGAUUCAACUGGCGGCUCUAGCAGUAGAAAAAGAAAGAAGAGGCCAUCUGAAAAAUCAAUCGAGCAGAAGGAAAUUUCUGAACAGGAGUUGCUUAUGAAAGGACCAGGAACUUUUCCACUGGAGCGAUUGCUUGCAAUAUUUCAGUGCAUUACAUCUGUGGCAGAAAUCUCACUUGAAGACGACCAAGGAAAUGUUGCAAUGGACAGUCAAAAUGAGGAUAGUGAACUCAUGUCUGAUGUUCUUCUGCAACUUUCCAGCCUCUGCAAUGCAAACUUUGUGGUCAAAGGAGGAAGUUGCCCACUAGAAGGGUCAACUCGAUAUCGCUCUACAGUGUCUGAAGAUAUGGCUUUGAAGGUGGCAAGGAGUAUUAAGUUCCCUCUGUCCAAGUACAUGUACAGAAGAUAAAAUGUGACAAAGAAAUGUAUUUGUAACAUGUCAAAAGAAUCCAGAUUCCAGAUUCUCAGGUACCGAGAGCAAGUAGCGUCAACAACUUAUCGGCUGAACUCGACGGCACAACAAUGGCUCAAUGAUGAGCUUGAGAGAAGAAAUGGACUGCAUCUAAUGCACAAAAGAAGAAAAAUACAGUACUUUCUUAUAACUCUAUGGAAACAGUUGUACAACCUACUGGACAGAUCUUGUCAAGUAAGGUCGUAAAAUACAAUACUUUUCAGAAGCUUCCUUUUUUAAUUUAGAAAUGUGGGAUGUGGGGGGUGGGGGGUGGGGGGUGGGGGGCUUAAAGAAACAGCAGGUGGUAUAAUAUGUUCUUUUUAAGAGCAUUAGACCAUAAAAUGACAUGUGUUGAAAACUUGAAUAUUCAUCUAGAAACAACUUUCCAUGGUUGGAAAAUCAUUGAUGCUGGUUAGUUACCAGCUAUUGCUGUAUGGCUUCAAAAACAGAGAGAUAUGAGAAAAAGGAAAAACUGUGGAUUAUUUUAGCAAUGUCUUAGGUCACCUAUUCUAUUCCUUUUGGCUCUCAAAACCGUCGGCAGCAGUUGAGAAUAUAUUAAAAGAGAAUGGGAAGAGAGAUUAGACUUUCACCUACCUUUUCAAGGAAGUAGAUAUGUACUUUAAUUAUCAGUUGUUCAAAAAUGUUGCCCCCUUUUUGGCUCCAUCUUCCAAAACUUAGAACCUACUGUCCAUGAAAAUCUAUUGGUAACUUUUUUUUUUAUUUU